CCAUGACCGGGAGGCUGUGGUGCAAGGCCAUUUUUGCUGGCUACAAACGUGGCCUCCGAAACCAGCGGGAGCACACCGCCCUUCUGAAAAUUGAAGGUGUUUAUGCCCGUCAGGAGACAGACUUCUACUUGGGCAAGAGAUGUGCAUAUGUAUACAAAGCUAAAAACAACACUGUAACCCCCGGUGGGAAGCCCAACAGGACACGAGUGAUCUGGGGGAAGGUGACCCGCGCCCAUGGGAACAGUGGCAUGGUUCGUGCCAAAUUCCGCUCCAACCUUCCUGCCAAGGCCAUUGGACACAGAAUCCGGGUGAUGCUGUAUCCAUCUAGGAUCUAAAUUUUUAUUGGAAAUAAAAUGGAGAAUCUGUU